AUGAACUCACACCCCACAUCAUCCGAUUCGGCUUCACAAGCCAGCCUGCCCCGCCAGAAAAAAAAGAACGCGGCCGAAAGCAACAGUGAGCCUCCCAGCUACUGCUCAAAAGUGGGCAAAACAGCAAAACCGAGCCCCAAAAAACGUCCGACCGCACGAACUUCUCAACCCCUGUUGCAGCCACCAGUACCCACACACCUUUUGACGAAAGUGAUGGGCCGCGCGAUGCCGGACAAAACUCUGCACGAAAUGGAUGACAUAACUUCGGGAAUGGGCGCAGCAUUGUUUGUGCAGAUUUCAGCAGCAGGGACACCAGAGUAUGAAGAGGAAGAACGGGUCAUUGCUGAAUGUAAUGAAUACCGCGCGGGACUCGGAGCACUCCUAGAUGGCGGAAUGAAUGACCAGUUCUUCGACGCAGAUAAGGUCACUGUGGUUGACGAGUCAGAGGUGUCACCCUCGGAGCUUGCCCCAUACCCCAAGGUUUUGCACAACCACUUUUUUUUGUGCAGCCAAUAGGUGUGUACCAUUUUCCCCUCGUACGCGCGAAGACAUUAUUGCUGCACAAGAUCAUGCUAUUUAAAAGUACUGGCUCUGUUCCCUGGGAC